AUGCAUCGAUGCCUCGAAAUCCCAGAGGUUGUCCAGCUGGUCUUUGAGAACCUUAGCGGUACGGGUAAGGAUGGCAACACGCCCGCCAGCAUCGCCCGCGUAUGCAAGACCUUCCACGACCCAGCGAUUCGCGUCAUAUGGAGGAAGAUCCCAGGACUUGACGUUCUUACUUGUCUUUUCUCUCGCAAGGAGAAGGCAUUGAUCAUCAAGAAAGUAUCGUCAAUCCAGAAACAAAGAGUUGUCACAAUGUUCCUCCAGGAUUCCGGCUUCUUGGAAGAGGCAUCCUUUUCAAAGACGUUCCUUCGAUAUUCUUCGCUGGUGCAGGAAAUUGAAUAUCCCGAGGAUCUUAAACGACCCGUGUUCCACCAUUCCGUGCUCCAGGCAUUCUACGUCGAUAUCCAGUCCCCAGGCCCACUCUUUCCCAAUGUCAAGAAAAUCACACUUCCCUGUUUCUCGGCGAGGCCUUUGGAAGCAAUCUUUUACCCAGGAGUCGUGCUCUCUCCUUCAGUCCGCGCCGUCACUAUCACGACAGAUGAGCUGGUCGACUAUGUCGGAGGGACCGGUUCGCUCCUCGACAAAGAAUAUUGGAAAACCAUUGGAUCUAGGCUGGAGCCAUUUGCCGCCCGACUGUCUUCUCUGACGAUCGGGUCGAAUACACGCACGACUGCCAACAGUGGACUAUCUGUCCCAGUGGUGAAUGACCUUUGCUCCAAGUUCGGCCCGAUUCAAAGUCUCGACUUGGAUGGAGUAAUGCUUUCCAUCGAUACUUUGGUUCUCCUCAGCCGAUGUGACACACUUCGCUACUUGGCGUGCGUCGUCCCAUCCAUCGCAUCCCAGUUCCCCGAUUCCUUGAUGUUCCCGAUCCUCGACACCCUCAACCUGGAGAUUUGUGGAGUACCAUCCGUCUCCGUCUGCAACGCGAUCCUUCGACGUCUUCGAGCACCUUCCCUAUGUUCAUUGAGCCUUGGAUACAAUGUAAACGACCUUGCCUCAAAGGUAUCCCUGGAAGAGACCUUCGUAGCGCUCUGUCAAGACAGCGUUUUUCCAGGCCUUUCGAGAAUCGAAAUCGACUCAGGACCCGAAGCUGGCCCCGACGGACCCGACACGCAUGGCCCGGAUGGCCUUGUCAUUUCCAAAACGACAUUCGAUCCACUUCUGGGUUUUGCGAACCUGAAUAUGCUCAUUGUAUCCGGGUACUCGCGGGUAGAUUUGGACGACGCAGACCUGCUACGCGCAUUCGCGUCCUGGCCCAAGCUCACCGAGUUUUGGCUAUAUCCGAGCGGGGCAAAUGAACAGGGGUGGCCCUCUCGACACCAAGAUCACGCUCGCGGGGGCCCACGCCGCCCUUCAACACUGCCCAGGCAUCCGCCGCCUGUAUCUUGCGUGCGAUUCCCGCAUCCUCCCAUCCGAAGGCGACAUCUCAGCCUCACCUCAUCCCUCGCUAAAAACAUGGGACUUCAUGAACUCACCGAUCACGUCCGGAGAUCAGGUGGCAAGGUUCCUACUCAAAUGGUACCCACAUUUACUGCCCAACCUUUAUGCGUUUAUGUUUCCCCGCUCCAACCUCCUCCGGUCCUUCGAUGUCGAAACUGGAAUUGA